AUGCAGCUACCUCGACCAUUCCUAAUUGGCGUAGGGGGGGCCUUUCUCACCCUACAGCUUCUCUUCCUCGCCAAUAUGUGCUACCUCUAUGGCACCGCCUUUCACGACACCACGCGAUACAGUGCCAUGCACGUGCUAUAUGUCGAUUACGACCAGGGGCCUAUUGGCGAGUCAGUCGUCGGAGCCUACAAUCUUCUUCAAGGCCCCUCUAUCGUCACCCUCGAUCAACACACCCCUGCCGAGUACCCAACUGAGGACGACAUACAACGUGCAGUUUGCAAAGGUCACUAUUGGGGUGCCAUCUACGCCCGGGCCAAUGCCUCGACGGAGUUGGCAGUGGCAGUGACCUCCUCUGAUGCAGUCCAGGCGUAUGACCGCUCCCAAGCCCUCCAAUACUACUACAAGGGCGCCAGAUAUGCUUCCUACGCCACCGGAGUGUACUCGCAGCUCGCCGAGCUCGUCCAGACCACUGCAGCCGUAUAUGUCCAGAACCACGGCACCACGCUGCUAUCCACAGCGAGCAACAUUACCGACCCAGUCAUUGCUGCAACUCUCCUUCUCCCUGUUGGCGGCACAUCCACCGACCUCGCUCCCAUGCCCCAAGGCGUCCGAUUCUAUUACAACACCGUGUCGAUGGUCAUGGCCAUCCUCCCACAAUUCUUCUUCCUUAUGGCCCUGAAUGGCCUUUCCACCCACUGGAACCUAUCGUCCCGCCUCUCCCUCCGCCAAAACCUCCUCUUCCGCGUGGGUCUCUCCCUCCUCUACACCUUCAUUGGUGCCCUCGUGAUGAGCGGCUACAUUUGGGCUUUCCGGGAGUCGUGGUCCGUCACUGGAUCGCAAUUCGCCCUAACCUGGAUAGCCAUCUGGCUGACGAUGCACCUGAACUUUCUACUCAUCGACUUUGCAACGGCAUUUAUUCCCCCGCAGUUUCUCCCAUUUUUCAUGCUCACCUGGAUUAUUCUCAACGUGUCGAGUAGCAUCACCCCGUUUGAGCUAUCAGCUGGGUUCUACCGCGUGGGGUACAUCUUUCCCGCUCAUGAGCUUUAUGAGGUUCUUCUUCAGAUCUGGACGAAUGGAUGUAAUCCAUUCCUCUAUCGAGCGUUGCCGAUCCUCUGGUCCGAGUGGUUGGUCGCCUUGGGCUUGUUCUUCGUCGGGAUGCGACAUCGCUGCCGGAUUGCACCCGCCCCGUUGCCCUCCCCAGUUACAGACAAGCACUCGAUGGUUUCUUUGAGAUGA